AGAGAGUCGCUUUGACGAUUUCUACUUGCUCUUUGACUGCUAGCGUCAUUGCAAGCCAUUGAAUCUUGUCUGUAGUUUCAGUUCCCAUCAGUUGUUUUGAGAGUCUUGUUUCGCUUCUUCUGAAAGAUCGAAGACACAUAUGUCUUCUUUAUUGACAAAUAGUCGCUCCUUGGAAUUGAAGUAUGUGCUAAUCAUCUUGAUUUCUGUGUAGUGAGAUUUUUGUACUUAUGGUACGAAAGUUACCUGGAGUGUAGGUUAAAUUUAUUCAUUUUGCUUCGUUUUGGGACUUUAAAGAGCCUGAGUUACCACCGAUUGUGUAUUGACCACGUCUCGAUAAGUACAGAUAAAAAUGGCUGUGCCGGCGACGCCUUCGGUAGAACUAAGUUCAUACCGCGAUCAGCACUUCAAGGGCACCAGAGGGGAACAAGAACGUUUGUUGUUGAAUUCAACAACAUUGUAUGUUGGUAACCUCUCUUUCUAUACUACUGAAGAACAAAUCUAUGAACUGUUUGCAAAGUGCGGUGAUGUCAAGAGAGUAGUAAUGGGUUUAGACAAAUAUAAAAAGACACCUUGUGGAUUUUGCUUUGUGGAGUAUCCUUUUUACCAACCAAUGUUUUGUAGAUUAAGUGAAUCAUUGAUAUACUACCAACGAGCAGAUGCAGAAGCAUGUAUGCGGUACAUAAAUGGAACACGCCUAGAUGACCGUAUUAUCCGAACAGAUUGGGAUGCUGGUUUUGUGGAAGGUCGCCAGUAUGGCCGUGGAAAAACUGGUGGUCAAGUAAGAGAUGAAUAUCGCACUGACUAUGAUAGCGGACGAGGUGGUUAUGGCAAAUUAUUGCAGCAAAAAGUGCAAGAUGUGAAUGUGUUCAAAAGAACGUGAUGUUGCUCAUAGUGAUACGAAUUCAUUCAUAAUUUGUUUUAUGUUGAUUGACUGUACAAUCUGAGACAAACUUUCUGAAGAAAAGCUAGAAACAUUUUGCAUCUUUAGCAAGAUAAUCAUCUUUUUAAGUCUGGUCUCCAGAAUUAAGUCGACUGAGAAAGUGAAAUUUUUAAGGAACAUUGAGUGAAUGUUUCAUGUGCUGUCCUUUAUAUUGGAUUAAGUAUGAGAAAUACUUUGUGGGGGAAAUUUUCAUCCUCUCAUUGCAACUAUGUAAUUCUGUGCUGUUAUAAGUCCAAAAUUGCUCUCAGUCCAUGAAUUACUUCAAUGCAAUAUAUUUUUUGUUACAAUAAAAGUUCUUGAAAGAAUAUA